AUGGUCAACUUAAAUUGGCCAGAACAGAAGAGAGGCAAACUAACAGCAAAAGCUAGCCCCAGCAGAGGCAGAAGAGUCACGAGAAAGGCCAAUCAAAGGCCAAAGGCAACCAUUUCGGCUGGGGUAGUCCUUUGCAGCAAGUGCAAAUGUGAAAGUGAGUUAGAAGUGACUCUGGAUAGGCAAAGUCAGCCCAUACCUAGCGUUUUUGACAGGAUUGGAACGUCAUACCAACAGGGCUCAGUUCCGGCUCCACCUAGAGACAGAGCUAGAUAG